AUGUCUUCCAUCAUCGUCCACGAGAGAGAACAAGACGGCGAAGACGCAGAGCGCUACGCAAAGAGGCAAAGGACUGACGACAGCGGCACGUCAACUCUCCAAGCUGCAGAAGCUAUCGCAGGCGACGCAAACGACGCUGAAGAGCAUGUCCUCCCACCCAGCCAUGCUUUGCUCGGAGUACCACUCCCCGUUAAAACAGAGGAAGGGCAAAUGAAGUUCUUGGAGACUGACGUCGGAAUCUCUGAAUACAUUGGACGCGGAGAUGCAAAAGUAGAGGGAAUCAUCAAGCAAAGGUUCACCGACUUCAUGGUCUUUGAAGUUGAUCAAGACGGGAAUGUAAUCCACCUUAAAAGCCUUGACAAACCCAAAGGCGUUAAAGACGAGCCCGAGGUCCAGACAGAGAAACCGACGCCAGGCCAACCCUCUGAACCUGAAAAAGAUUCUGUCAAUAAUGCAGAGCCCAUAGAAGACGAACCUUGGCCAGCAUCGUUUGAUGAAAGACUCAGGCCCUUCUUGUCAGACGAGAGUAGGGAAAGGUUGAAGGCAAUGUUCUUCGAGGGCCCGGAACCGCCGCUGGUGAGCGAUAGCGGUUGGGCGGGAAGGGCUGCUGCCAAAGCAGACCAGGACAAUGGACCCGCACCUGAACCUGAUCCGACUCCCGAACCUAGCUCUAACUGUGGAAGAGGUGGAAGAGGUGGAAGAGGUGGAAGAGGAAGGGGUGGUCGAGGCGCAGGCCGUGGUGGACGACCCAUGAGGGAGGAUAACCGUAAAGUCAUCUCAGAGCCGAUGGAAUCCAAAGACACUCGAACGGCAUUCCAUCAAACAAUCAGGGAAUUGUUCAAGGGCAAGUUGGACACGGAAACGGACACGUCUGCUCCCUCGGAUGACGGUCAGAGAAUCGUGAUCAAAUGGGCCAGGAGUGGUGGACGCGGAGCAGGCCAGCGAGGCGGGGGCGGAGGUGGGCGAAAUGCUCGAGGAACAUACCCGCCUUACAUCCACUUCACGUUGCAAAAGACGAACCGUGAUACCCAAGACGCUCUUGGACAUCUGUCUCGAAUUCUUCACGUUAGCGUCAAAGAUUUGUCCGUUGCGGGGACGAAGGACAAACGCGGCGUUACCGUGCAGCGCGUUUCUUUGAAAAGAAACAAUAAAACUGUCGAAGACAUUUGGAGGCUCGGAAACGGUAUCGGCACUUCACGAACUGCGGAGACUGCGCUUACCCAACGGGGUGAGAGGGGUGUGCGCAUCGCAGACCUCGUUUAUCGUAAGGCCGGACUAGAACUUGGCAUGCUCAAGGGAAAUGCCUUUAUCAUUACUUUGCGGAAUGUCAAGGUGGAAUCAAGAGAGGUGCUGGAUGAAGCUCUCAACACCAUUAAGAUGAAGGGGUUUAUCAAUUACUACGGCAUGCAGCGUUUUGGAACCGCGUCUGUCCCAACCCAUGCUAUCGGCCUGGCUUUAUUGAAAUCUGACUGGAAUCGGGCGAUCAAUCUUCUCCUGCAAAAACGUUACGGGGAACAUCCAGAUGUGGCCGCUGCUCGCGAUGCCUGGCUCGUCGACCGGGACUUGGACAAAGCUCUUCAGCUGCUGCCCCGGCGCGUGGUUGCAGAGCGUUGCAUUCUUGAAAGUUUCAAGAAGAUGAAGGGUGACACUCGAAAUGCUAUGGGCGCUCUCUCAACUAUUCCCCGCAAUUUGCGCUUGAUGUAUAUCCAUGCCUACCAAUCAUACGUCUGGAAUGCCAUCGUCUCGGAGCGAAUCCGGAUGUUCGGCGUUGAAAAACCUGUGGUUGGGGAUUUGGUCUUCGAAAAGAAUGCAGCAAGCGAUCAGAUGGAGGUAGAUCCGGAGAGAAGGGAAGGUGACGAAGACUCGCAAGGUAAAAGAUUCAUUUCUUCGGAGGACAUCGGCGCUCAAAGUCAAUGGGCCUCAGAACAAGGCCGUAAACGGAAUCGUAAACCCUACGUCCCACCAAAGAUCAAGACACUCACCGAAGAGGACCUUGACAAAUACACCAUCUUCGACGUGAUCAUGCCACUCCCGGGUACUGAUGUCGCUUACCCGGGUGGACGUCUGGGAGAGCGUUACCGAGAGUUUCUACGCGCAGAUGGACUCGAUCCUGACAAUUUUGUGAGAAAACAAAAGGAGUACACCUUGAAUGGUUCCUACCGCACAAUCCUUCACCUUCCCAAGGAACUAUCAUGGUCUGUUCUGCAAUACACAGAUCCCGAUGUCCCACUUGCCCAAUCGGACGAAGAUAAACUAUUGGGCUUCGAUCCACCCGUUGUUGUCGAGGAUGGCAAAUUUACGGCACUCCAGAUCAGGUUACAACUUGGAAGUGCUGCAUAUGCUACCAUGGCUCUUCGAGAGAUCACGAAAAUGGACACCAGUACACACACCCAGACGAGCCUCACGAGCGCUUCAGAGGACCAAAAGUACAAGGGCCAAGAGAAUGAUUCAGUGGAGGUGGAGGUCGCUGGGGAAAGUGAAGUCCUCACGGAAAGUCUCGAUUGA